GUCAUUUUCACCCUGCGAUCAGCUGAUCCAACUCAGCCCCCCUGACGGAAAUGUACAGCCUGCGGUACGGUGUAAAGUGGCUUAGUAAGGUGACAGCAGGCUGCGUAGCUCGUCAUGUAUUUGUAUUCAUAUGAAGAUCGUGCAUAUUAUAAAUAAGUCAAUGUAUAAAAAAAUGAUACAAAAGUUCACAGGUUUAUAUCUUGGGAGCUCAUCUUUUUUAGCAUAGCAGCUGACGGUGGUGAACUUACGCAGCAGCUUUUGAACUUGCACAGCUAGCUUACAGAGUGAAUGGCUGGAUGACACAUUAGUGAUGGUCCAGAGUCCUUUUUAACAUCGAGAGAGACGCUGAGAUGGAGCACUGCAAUGGAGACAACAUCAUAGAAACACCUGAGCUGCCUCUGGAGGUCUGUUCGUUUCUUUUUGAUUUUAUAUAAGCCAGAGAUUUGAGGGGGAAGGAGAGGAGUCGGCUACUUGGAGGAGUGAAUGCGAUAUGAAUUCUUAUUCUUGGACUAUGAUUCAUUUAGGCAGUCAGGCAGAGCCGUCUCUAUCUGUCAUUGUUUUAUCUAAAUGUAGUAAUCACCAUACACACCCUCCAGCCAUGGCUGACUUUGAGACAGGUCUGCUUUUUGUGUCUUUGCACAAACACUUUGGAUGUAAUUAUCAUUGACCUGUUGCUCCUUUUUAACACUCAAAGUUUCCUCGUUUUAUACAACACAGCACCAGACUUUAGAAUCAGACAGCAACUCAUGAUACAGUGAAAUAGAGUGCAAUAAAAUACAAAGUGAUAUAGCAUGGUACAUUAGUAUAUGAUGCAAUACAUUGCUCAUCAUGAUAACUAGGAAUAUUACAGUCACCUUGUUUGAUUUUCCUGUAAUGUGCCGUUUUUCUGUCUCUUUCUGCAGAUCAUAGUUUACAUCCUGAGCUUUCUUCACCCCUCAGACAGGAGGGAAGCCUCACUCGUGUGUCGAAGCUGGUACAAUGCCAGUCAGGACUUCAGCUUUCAGGUAACCUGCACUUGAGUAAAAACACUUCACUGUGCAUGACUGUUUGAGCUUAGAGUCUGGGUUUGUUUGUCGUUAACCUCUCUGUUUGUGUUUCUCUUCACAGAAAAAUGUCACCUUCUCCUUCCCCGCUUCAGCCUCAUCCCUGGAGCUGAUCAGAGGUCUGGGUAGAAAGUCACGCUGCAGCCUAAUCAUCAGCCAGCUGGAUGGACACAGUUUGUCCAAAUCGCUGCUUCAGGAGGUGCAGGACACACUGUAACAUACACAUACAUUAACUAUUCAUGUAGCCUCACUGCACUUACAUGAGAAGUGCAGCCUCAAACACGAGUAAAGUUUAGGAUCAUGUGAAGUGAGUGGGUGGGAAGAGAAAAAUAUGCAGAUUAGGAUGAGGGUGAGCAGAGCUCGACUCACAGCUGAGCUGUCUUGUCUCUCGAGUGAAAUCAGCUUCCUUUAAUUUAGUAAAUCCCUCUUUUCCUCAGCUUCUUGAGUUUAUUUCCUUUUACUCUGCUUACCUACUUACCACAAAUUUGAAGUGAUGCACUUUUCAAAUAAAUACAGUGUGGUAUCAAAACUAUUAUUCAUGUUUUCUGCUGAUCUGGAGGGCUAACAGAGUCUAACUUUUGCCACAAUUUCAACAGGCAAAUGUGAUCAAAUAUGCCAGAAUCAUUUCUGUGAAUUAGUUUGAUUUGACGUGUGGGAUCAGCUUUGUGAUUGAGAAUUAAUUCGACCAAUCAGAGUCAAGUAAAGAUUAAACUCAUAGAAGAAUCAUUUUUCAUACUUGAAGCUUUGUGUCCUGACUGAUAACCCCUUUUGUGUCUUUAACGGUGGUACAAUUGGAUGCAUCACUUAUCGUUAACUCUUCUGUGGGAAAUACACACAAAAGCCACAUCCUGUCUGCAUGUUUUUCCACUUUGACCUGCUUGUGGUGGUUGUAGACCUUAAAGAAGAAGCUGUACCCCAUGUUCUUCCUGACGGUGUGGUUUGUUUUUUUAGGUCACACAAAGGCACCGGUAUGAGGUGAAGUCUGUGGCAUAACCGUAAAAAACUUCUCACAGGAGCAUUAAGCAAGAGUGAAAGGAUUUGAAAAAGUGUGUGUACCUGUUUUAAUCUUCAGCAGGUCUAAAAAAGGAACAUGUUAGUAGAUGUUAACACACUAAAAACUUGACAGUUCAUGUGACUUUUUAUCUCAUCUUCAAAAUAUACUCUUUCUUUUUACGGGUUCAUGGUGACACGGUACAAGCACCAGCUGUUAAAGAGAUUUUUUUUUUUUUUUUUUUUUUUCAAAUUCCUUCAAUUUUAAAUGUAUCUGCGAUAAUGAAUGCUGGUCAGCUAAGCCUCUUUACAGAGGAAAUGCUGGUUCAAUAGCUACAGUCUUUUGCAAUCAGAGCGUAAGAGCGUGGAUGUGCAUAUGCAAAUAGUACAAGAAGAAGAAGAGGGCUCUCUGUUGGAAAAAUAGAUAACUAAAAAACUUUUCCAGCAGAGCGUACACAUAACCUGGAAUGAGUGCUUGGAUCAGAGUCUUAUCAAAUGACCUAAAUGAAGUGGUAGACCUGGUCCCAUCUACAGAAAACUGUAGCUGAGCUUUUGUACUGGUUCCUCCAGCAGUUUUGCAUGAAAGGGGCUGAACUGACUGCAUGUAUCUCAUAUAGACUUACUUUAAAAAAACAGAAACAGAAAUAAGUGGGGAAAAAAACUCUUAGAAUGAGUAAAAAAAAAGUGUGAGUGCUGCUUGAUAGUUUGAUGAUAGCCAAACAUGAAGCCAACUAAAAUAUCAAGUCUUUGUGUCUGUGUGUGCACUUGGUAGGAGGAGGACUAUUUGAAUAAUCCUCUAAUAGUUUCUCGUGAUUUUCCUCAAAAGUACGAGAACACAUAAUUAGGUUGCACUGUUUGAGGAAUCCUUGCAGUGCUUACUAUUUGAUUAUUUACUCUUCAGACAGGACACCUCAAGCUUUGUUUAUCUUGGGAUAAAGCAGCGUGAAACUUAGUGGGAACUUAAUUUUCACCAACAAUUUGAUUUCUUGACAAUUACCUGAAGGAAUUACACGAUCUCCCCCUCUCUUACGUGUCCAUUUAGUCCAUUUAGUGUGCUUAGGUUGAACUUGCUCUCCAGAGCUCUCAUUCCCCUGCAGAUUUUACCUCAUAAGCUACGAUGGACAUAAAAAUACGUUUUAGAACAGUAUUAAUGAAUUUAUUCACAGAAAUGUGGUUUGAUUGUUUAUUUGACUCAAACAAUGUUCCUCUACAAGCUUCUAGAUAAAGCAAUAUAGGAUAUAUUUAUUGCCUGUUUAUGGGGGAAUACCUAAAGCUUCUUUGUAGAAAAAUAAACCCUCAUUUAUGGCACACAGGAGCCUGAUAAGGAACAUGUGAGCAGGUGAGGAUAGGUGAAAAAUAAGAUAUAGAGGGUCUGUUGUUCCCCGGUGUUGAAAUGUUUUCUCUUCCAGCUUUGGAACAGUUAGGUUUUGUUGUAGAAAAUAAACUAUCACUGUCAUGUGAGGUCUAGUCACCCUGAUGCUUUAAAAGAUCACACACUUCUUUGUGAGUGGAAAAUUCCCCCACCCCAGGGGCUUUUUACAGGAAAACCAAAGCGAAAACAGGUUAAAUGGACUUAAACCUGCCCAGAAUCUCUCUCUUCAGAGAGGUUAACAUCUAUUCAUUUAAGGAAAAAACAAUUCUGAUUUUUUUCUCCCUUUUUUAAAGCAGUUUAUUGAAAAAAAAAGAUAGAUAAUGUCAGAGUCUUAAGCACACCUCUUCUGCUCCAAAGGUCAGUUGCUGCAACCAUGUCAGGUUAAAGUUUAUUAUUAGCUGUACGUCUAAAAGACCAAAAGUUCAGAUGUACAAAUGUACAAAUGUGAAACAAAAUGAACAGUUUAUAGAAAAAUAUUUUUUAAAAUAAAAAAAAAGAUCACAAGGUAAGUUACAUCAACUUCACGUCACACUUUUGCACUUGUCUCUCUGGUCUUCAGGUGGGUCUGUGUGUGGGCUCAAAGCUGGAGAGCUUGGCCCUGCCUGGCAGCAGUAUCACAGAGGCCUCUCUGCUGGACCUCCUCCCUCGCCUCACCUCCCUCCGCAGGCUCGACCUCAGGGGUCUGGACAGCCUCUUCAUGUCCGGGACUUUUCUCUCCAGGGAGGAGCACAGACAGCAGGUAUUUUAUAUUUUACAUGAAGGUGGAUUAAUGUUGUCAAAACAUCCUUAGAUAAAGUAGCAGAGAGUUCAGUCAUAAUAUUACAAGAACAGAGUUGUAAUAUUAUAAAAUUAAGUCACAAGGGAUUUAAGUCAUAGGGCUCGAAGAAAUCCCCCCCUAGACAUAUAAAGUCACAUUAUGUGUGACUCAAAGGACUGUGAACAUAAAUGCAAAAAACAAAGAAAAUAAAUCAGAAACAUGAGCAAUUUGUUUUGACGAUCUUUUACCAACUUCUUUAAAGAGUCUAGGAACAAAGAAAAAUGGGUGGUUCAUAUGUCUAAGAGAGUAGGGGGAGCUGUAUGGGAUCAUGAGUUCUUUUAAAUAUGAAUGGCAAUGGAAAUAAACACAUUUAAAAGGAAAUGGAGCCAAUGAAAUUGCCGAAAUAUAAAGGUAACUAGACUGUGAAGGGGGACUUCAGAGGAGCAUCUCAUCAUGCACUGAAAUGAGAAUCUCGGAGCAUCAUUCCUCUCCUUGCUUUCCAUGCAGCAGUCAUUGACUUGAUAUUCAAAUGUUCUCUACGCCCCCAUCUUUCCUAAUGUGUGAUAAAAAGUUUAAAUAUCACAGCUAUGAGCGCUGGUGGAGCCAAGACGUAUGGGAGCGAUAUGGUGGUGGAGCUCAGAUCCCUCAAGUUGGUGAAGUCCAGAGCAGCGGUUAAAUUUUUAAUUUGAAUAAAUUUUUUAUACUGAACCAAAAAUUGACAACUAAAUGCAAUGACAGAAAUCAUAUGUUUGAGAACAAUGUGCAUGUCAGGUCAUAUUCCAAUUUGACCCAUAUUCCAGGCUGCCUCUAAGGCCUUAACUGCAGUUAGCCACCAGAGGGAGCUGUAAAUGUUCUGGCUUGACUCUGGAUGGCGGUGUUUGUUCUUCUAUACACUCUUUAGGAAUGAUUUUAGACAAAAGGCUGCAGGUGGAGGUGAACUCAGGCCUCUGAAAUACACUGAUGUCUAAUGUUUAUUUUUGUCUGUAACUUCUCCUCUCUGCAUUUAAAGCUGCACGUGAUUCUGCUCUCCCUGACGUCUCUUUCUGUAUAGCUGCCUUAUGCCAAGAAUAGUCUCUCCAUCUGACUGUGGGAAAAAGGUUGAAGAGUGGUUGCAGUAAAUAUAAAUGUGCUCAUGUGAUAGACUGCUGUAUAUUUCUGUCAGUGUUACACAGCCUGAGUGUUACCUUUGAUAUUACUGCUCCAUAUUCAGGGUUUAUUGUCACUGUAGCGUGUGAACAGUUUUAUUGUUUUACCAUCUUCCUAUUUCAGGUCAGGUCAGCUCUGUCUGGCCUAGAAGAGCUGGAUCUGUCCGACCUGCGCUACCUUUCAGACCUCACCUUUAACCGGCUCACGGGCUGUACCCCACGCCUCCGCCGCCUCUCACUGGCUGGCUGCCAUAUUGCUUUUGAGUUUGACCCCUAUCACGGCUGCCCGGUCGGAGCUGUUGAAGACUCGUCAGCGCUGCUGUCGCUGAGAAACUUGAGGAAGUUGUUGAUGGAGCAGAAAUCUACCCUGGUAGCUCUAGACCUGAGCAGAACCUCCAUCACCCCAGAGUCCCUACGCACUAUUGCACAGGUCAGAGAGGUCCCUCCUUUAUUUAAUUCAUGAACUGCUCAAGUCAUAUCUUUGUGCCUAUUUGCUCGUUUUCAAUGAGGAGUUCAUCUGAGCGUCUUUUCAUUAUUCUAACAUGUCCACUAACUUCUUCAAUGAGUCAGGAACAAAAGUGUUUCCUCAUCCCUAAAUAUUCUGUCUACUUCAGGUUCAGGGUUUGGUUUUGGAGGAGCUGUGUCUGCACGGCUGCAAGGAGCUGACCGACUACUCAAUGGAGGUUUUGGUGAAGCACCAGCCGAGCCUGCAGAGACUGGACAUCAGCGCCUGCAAAGAGCUGACCAACAGGUCUGUGGAGGCCACAGCGCAGGGCCUGAAGUCACUGACACACCUGUCACUGUCCCGCGACUGGAGGAUCACUGAAAAAGGUACCUGAUGUGACUCGGUGUGGUGUCUAAAAUUACCACUUGUGAGUUUAAUGGAUCCAAAACUCUAUGAAUAUUUGAUUAAAAGAUUAUUAUAUUAGCAUGCCACUGUUUUAACUUGACCAUCAAUCUAGUUGUUUGAUUUAAUUUAAAUUUUUUAUUUUAUUUAUUUAUUUAUUUUAAAUUUGUCAGUGACUUCAGCUGGUAAUAAGCAAAAGAGUUUACCCAGGCCUCAAACCUGUGAAAGAAAAUAAAAUGAUUAUGCUAUCAGUGAUCACUCUUGUCCUCGACAGGUCUCGCUGAGCUCCUGUCUGUGUCGUCCCUGAGGAGUCUGGAUCUGUCUGAGUGUCUGCAUAUCAGCGGCACAGAGAUAGUGAGAGGCCUGACCGAGUCCAGGACUGCUAGAGCACAUCUGGAGACACUCAGCCUCAAAAGCUGCACCUACAUUCGAGUCAGUGUGUGUUUUUUUGUGCAACACUUGAUUCUGCGUGUUCAACUGAACCUGUAAAAAUACAUCCAAGACAUUCAAACAUGCUUCUCUGUUCUCUCUCUGCAGGAUCUUGCGGUUUUCUCUCUCACUCAGCUUCUCAGGGAUUCUCUCCAUGAACUGGACUUGACGUCCUGCGUAAACGUGACUGACCUGUCUGUGCGAGCCAUAGCUACUUACCUGCACAGGCUGGUGGUUUUACGGCUCGGCUAUUGUAAGGAAGUCACAGACUGGGGUCUGCUGGGGAUAGAGGAAACAGCCAAAUGUGAGCACGACCAGGAUUCGGUGAGAGUCUCGUUGAUUCAUAAAAAAAAAGUCUGAAGUGAUGGAAAGCAGGUUACAUGAGUUAUCAUCCUGAUUCUAUUAAAUAUACUCACAUUAAGAUGGGUUGCAGGGCUUGACACUAACUUUUUUCACAAGGAGCACACAAAGAACUUCAGGGGCACAAUAAAAAUUUGUCAAAUGAUCAAAAUAAUGUCUCAUUGGUCGACACAAGUACCGUUAUUUGAAAUCAAUUUUAAGUCUUUUGGUCACAUGACAUAGAAGCUAUUGAAGCAAAAGGUUCAAAAUCUGCCUUUAAAGUUAACACAAACAUUUUUAGAGGACAAAUUUGGGAAAUAAGAGUUGUGUCCCAUUUUCUAAACUUAGCACUACUAUUUGAAACCAAUUGUUUUAGAACAUCAGCCACUAAUUUAUUGAUGGUCCCUUAUUCAACACCCGACGUUGACAGCGAGGAUGCCGAGUAGAUUCAACUGCGCUGCUGUUGCCAUUCUUGGUUAUGGAAAGUGAGAAGACACUGGUAGAUUUGCAGUGAAUGUCCACCAAAAUAUCCAAACUAAAACUAACUUCACCACGGUAUUUACAUGAAAAAACAUUUGUUGCCUCGGCUGGUUUUUUUAAUGUGCACACGUGCCCCUAAAUACAUUUUACAAUUCGCACACAUCUUUUUUUAGUCGUAAAUGCGAGUGAAACGGUCGCACUGUCAAGCCCAGGGUUGAGAGGUGGUGAAUACUCCUGUGUAAGAAACUGAAUGUGCUGCAAACACAUGCACACUGCGAACAUACUCUGUGUUUUUAUUCCAACAGGGAGACAAGGGGCCAAAAUUCACCCGCACCUUCGGCAACAUGGGUUUUUUCAAGCCACCUCGUUUGCCAUUCGAGGAGCGACCCAAGCUGGUGACAAACAACGAUCUGGAGCAGUUUAAACAACAGGCUGGAGCUUCAUUGUUAGCGCUCAGCAGGCUGCAGGAGCUGGACCUCUCUGCCUGCCCUAAACUCACUGACAGCAGCAUCACACAGGUGGGAGGAGAGGAGGAUGUUUUCACCAGCAAGUUCAAGAAACUUCAAAUCACUGAUAAAAGCUUCUCUCCUCUGCUUAGGUGGUGCAUUACCCAGACCUCCACCGCCUGUCUCUGUCCAUGCUGACAGAGAUCACUGAUGCCAGUUUAGCAUCAGUAGCCUGGCACUGCCGCAGCCUCACCAGCCUGGCCCUCAGCCACUGUCCAGGUAUCAGUGACCGCGGAGUGGCUCAGGCUGCACCGUACCUCUGCCGACUGCAGCAUCUCUACCUCUCUUGCUGUGACAACAUCACAGACAGGUGAGUGACACACAUUUCCACAUUUCCACCGCCUCUGCAGCCUCUGAAAAAGGAUGAAAUGAUCACGUCUUCAACUCUUUACCCCACAGGUCCUUGUUCCUCCUGAUGCAGCACUGUAAACGUCUACGGACACUCGACAUUUCAAGGUGCAAAAACAUCUCUGUCACUACAGUGGACCUCCUUCAGUCACAGCUGCCGUUCCUGGAAAACAUCAACUACAAAUUCAUAGGUGGGACUGAUCUAACCCUCACACUCUGACUGACUGAAGGACUUGCUGCUGACUCAUACACAAGAACUGAAGGAGGGCUCGAAGAGUGGUCAGUCAUGGUCGCUGCUCUGUAAAACCUGACACCUGUAUGUCGUCUCGUAAGUGAAUGUAGAAUGUCAAACAAGAUAUAAUCAAACUAUAUUUACUGAACCUAUUUAAUGGUAAUUUACUGAUGACUCCAAAGGGAAAACUUUGGAUGUAAUAUUUAUGUUCAGUUUAUCGAUGAGAUUAUGCCAUUAUAUGGUAUAAAAUUAGUUUAUUUGAAAUGUGAACAUGAGGCGAGGUAGGGUGGGAUAGGAGGAGCUCGAGGAAGCCUGUCAGGGGGUGUAGGGGAGGGGUCAAGAUUUAGAUGGGGGAACGUCGUGCACAUUUCUGGUCCAGCUUUCCUCUGUGCUUAAAAGAGAGGAGGUUAAAGAACUGAGGGGAAUGUUUAAUCAAGGCAGUUUUUCUUUUUUUUUUUGUCCACACAGGUGAUAGAGUUAAUAAGAUAGCGAUGACUGAACUGGUUUCAGAGGUGACAUCCUGUUCCUGACAUUUAGGUGGAGCAUCAUCACUGAGGGAAUUGCUGUUUCAUAAGAAAGGCUCUUCUGUCUUUACACUCGUAGAAAAAACCUUACACCUGAACCACAGCUGAACUGAAAGAGAGAGCAUAUUUCUCAGAUAUAGGGGGGUGCAUGGCAGUCACUUGAGAAAAGUUAAUUUUCUUAAAAUAGCAAGUUAAAUAUUUUAAAUUUUGAUAUCCUGGGACUUCCAGACCCCCAAUGGAAACUCUCAUGUAUGUCAUUUGAGCCUGCAAACUAUUAAAUAUUUAUAUUAGUGGAAUAUGUUCUCACUCAAACACAUGUAGUAUGGGGGAAACUUUAACAUAGAUACCUUUUUAAGUCUUUCUUUUUUAAAAACAAGAUUUGUCUUCAAAAUAUGUCAUAAAUAUCAAACCAAAGACAAUUACCUUGAAGUUCCACUCCGAUCAUUUUUUUUUUUUCUUUUACUGUUUAAAGUGUUUUCAGUGGUCUUUAAAUUGUUAUGAAGUUUUUAGCCAAAAUCACUUUACCUGUGUCAUUUUCAAGGACUUUUCUCCUGCAGAGCUCCAGGAGCUCAUUAGCAAUUCGCCUCUGAGUCGUGGGUGGAGUCAACACUGCUCUGCACACUCCUCUUCAUGCUAGCUUGCAGCCUAACAUUGUUGGUGCAGCAGAAGAGGCAGGUAACAGGCGCUUUAGGGACAUGAUGAAAGUUAAUAUCAUAAUUAGCUUUCUUAUGAGCAUUGCAAUCUGCUAAUGCAAAGGCUUGUUCCACGGUUGUCCCCUCUACUUCUACAAGUCUGGCCUGCAUAGUGGGGCUCCAGGGGCAGAACUUGCAAUUGUUAUGAAUUGUGAGGAAAUCUCACCGUGUCUGAACCUGCCGUUUGGGUCUGCCAGAGAUUCACAGCGAUUUUAAUUCAGAAAUACUCAGAAAUGCAAUUUUGCACUUACUAUCUCAUGAUAAGUCCAGUAGCAUCAGAAAAAAGCCGUAUGAACAUGUAGACAACAAGAAAAAGAUAGUUUUCACCCAACAGGGAGCCAGUGCACCUCACAGCCACCUGUACAACCAGGUCCUGCUGCAGCAAAUGUGUGUGGAAAAAGACACAAACACAGUAGAUUUAGACAUGAAACGAGAUAUAGCAGAGUUCAAAGUUUUAAUAUAAACUAAGGAAUAACUCUUUAUCGUGAGCACAAUGCAUCUUAGAUUUAAAUGAUCCGUCUUACAAAUUAUAGAAAAUUUUUUUAAAUUUUUUUAUUUUAAAGUUUUAAAGCCUAAUCUAACAUUGGAUUAGAUUAUUAACAUUUAAGAGCACAGUAUGAGUUUCUCCUGCUUUAGGAAAUGUUGAGUACACAGUGUUGUGAUUGGUUUGUAAAUGCAGACACAGCUCAGUCUGAUGAGCCGGCUGCUGCAAGCGUUUUCUAAAAAUGAUCUUUCUUUUUCUCAAGUGAAUGUAAUAUGCCUCUGUACAAAUCCUGGUUUCUAGGAUAUGAAUGUUCUGUAGCAAUCAGGUACUCUUAAACAAAUGAAAAGUAAACUGUAUUUCAGACCAUAAGGAAAAGUUAUGAAGGAAGGUAUCCCAAAUAUUUUAAGAAUAUAUCUGACAAUCUUUUACUUAUGCAGUUCACUCUUUGUGAAUGAAAUUUAGCCAUUUAGUGCACAUAAAUAAAAAAUUACAUUCCAAUAUUUCUGCAAAAGCACAUUUCUGUAAUUUUUUCAGCACUUUCCCUCAAUUGUUUUGGUUUUCCACCUCUUAAUAAAUCAGAUGACUGUAAUUUUAGUUAUUCCUGUCCAAACAGAAUUACUGAGGAGACUCUGUUUGUUCUGAUCUGCUGAAGUUGGGAACUCGAGUGAGGUAGUGACUCUCAAAUGCAGUCCUGCACUUUCACCUUUAACUCAAAAAAAGAACCGUUUCCUCCAAAGCUGGUAUGUAAGCAUGGUCUUUAAAGCAGGAAACAAGGGUAGGUGUUGGUUUUCAUUUACAGCAUGUCAGCCGCAUGUAUGCCCGCCUUCAUUUGCUGCAUAUAGAGUCCUUAAGAGUUUACUUAUUUAAUGAAGAGGUAAAAAGCACAUUUAAACUAGAGGGAUCUUAUGGAAAGGCAGUGUGACACCUGUCAUAUGUUCAAUGAAAAUCUUGCUGGAAACUACAAGAUGAUUUCAAUAAUUAAGAUCGUGUUGUCAAAUGUACUUGAAUUAACCUGAAGGAGCUUGUCUUAAAGUUCUGCUGUAGCCUGUUUGAAGACGUAAUAACCCUUUAAACUGUAUGCACUCUGCUGAUUUUAUGACCGUUUUGUCACUGUAUGAAGCACUGCGGCGGAAGUACACUGUAUAAGGAAAAACUGUUGACAGAUCAUGUUGAUUUUAUAAAUAAACCAAAGUUUAUGAGCAAAUCACUCACACAGGUUCAUUUGUUUUCAUGUUUAUUCAUGUGAAGUCGCCCAAAGGUAACAAAUCAAAGUGAGUUUUCUCACAUGUCAGAAAUGCAGGGACAGCCGUGACCAUGCUGAAAUGAAAGAACCCGCUACCAGAGAAAAAGCAGAAAACACUCCGACGAGUGUCACCGCUGAGUGCUUAAUCAUAAUAAAAACAAGUACCUGGAGUGAAAUUGGUCAGUUUAUACAUUAGGUCAGGAUUUAAUGCAAGAUCAGUGAUUGCACAGAGCCACACGUUUCUUUUUUUUUUCUUUUUGUGCAUCCUCAAACCUCAUCAUGGGACACGCUCAUUAGCCUUCUGUUCAAAAAUAAAGAGGAAGUCAGUGUGGUGCCGAGAAACAAAACUGUUGAGUUUCCUGAUCUUCAGUAAUCACGAUGAGGGAUCCGUACAAAAGUGAGUACCUCUAUGUAUGUGUAGACUUGUAUCACGAAACACGUGAAUAUUUUAUUCUAUUUUCACUAAGUCUGCCAAAUACUCCACACUGUACCUUUAACCUGCUACCUGUUUUUAUAUCAGCUUAUUUGUGUCCAAAAACUAAAUCAUAGCCUUUCAUGUGUUGUAUGUGCCACAUCCCCAUGAAGCUCUGGGCUCUACUAUAAGCCUUAGAAAAGCAACAGAAAAUAAAAUACACAAACAAGAAUAAUCCAUGUUUUAAACAUAGUUUUAGAUAUUUUUAAAAAUAUAAAAUGAUUACAAACAAAAUAAAGUACCACAAGUCAAGUCAGUGACUGUAUCGUGUCAGAAUAAACUCAUAUGUCCGAGUGUUAAAGUAGCUGCAUUGAAAGGAGACCGAUUUUACUGCUCUGUGUUUUCAUACACACACAUAUAAUGUUACAGUGUUAGAUGUUCAGAUGUUGGUGUAAUCCCUUGUGUUGGAGACUAGACCUGUUAGCAGGCUCUGCUGUACUGCUAACUUAAUGUAGGUUGACUACAUGUCCUCUUUUAUCCGGACAUGUCCUCUUAGGGGGGAGCUGUCCGGCCUGUUCGGGGGAGUAAAAUCCUAAAAUCCUUUAAAUGUUCAGGGUUUUUAUGGAAGUUUUGAGUUUGUGUCACGUGGACUAACUGAGUUAGAAGCGCGUAACAAACACUCGAGCCGACCCAAUCCGAAAAACUUUCAAAAUGCACUACCCCCAACUCUGUGACUCCGCCCUGCGUAGUGGUGUCCUCUUUUUAGGAAUUCAGAAUAUGGUCACCCUACUUAAUGUUGAAGGACAUGUCAACCUUUUCAAUUUCCCCUCACUCUGACAGUCCAUUCCAUCCCUUGCCCUUUCUCCAGAAAACAAUGGGUAGUUUCGCCACAGCCACAACGUAGCUGUUUGUACUGUUGACUCCUUUGUAAACAAAGGCCAGUUAAAGCUGGACUUGUAUCUCAGCUGUUACUUGAACCUUGAGCUGUCCCACCAACAAAAAAACACCUUCCAUGAAGGCCGGGGCCACACGUUUUAAGUGAUAUUAUAACAACAGGUGAUUUAACAAUAGCUGACAUGUAAUGAGGAGCCAAAAUGGCUGGUCUCAGAUGUUGACAGGCACAACUUUCAUGACAUAAAAACUGUGUAAAAAGUAACACCCACAAGCUGUGUCCAACUUUACAUUAGCAGCAAAGCAGCCAAAACAAAGUGUUACAAGCAGAGGCUGAACAGUGCUGAAAUGACGGGGGUCUGUGGAUGCCAGUCAAAGUUAACAAAGGAGUCUUGGGAAUCAUGCAAAGUGACUCUAUAGGUGAGAUUGAGCAAAGAGGUCUCCUUGAAGUUUCCACACAGCUGAGGGGAAGUUGAAAGACAGACUAAAAGAGUGUGUGUCCCAGAUGAGGACUAAAAUCGUGCAACAUCAGUGCAGUCAGCGGCCGUUUGGCAUCGAUCCACACCGGGAAACUGGAUACUAGAUUAAAGUCACUUCCACAGGUUCAACCCUGUUCAAAUUUUCACUUGAGAUUAAAGGAUGAGGCCACCGAGAAGAAUACACUAUUAAAGUUAUAAAUCUGUGUUACAGGAACAAGUGCAUAAAUCACACACUUUUUUUUCAGACACACACACGCGCACGCACACACACACACAGUGUAUUUACACAUUCACACUUCAUGGCUGCACUCCAGUGAGUGCACACGCUCUACUGCUCGGUCUGGCUGAAGUCGUAGCAGAAGUUGUAGUUGCUCGGUGGUUUGGGGAUGACAGGUGCGCUGUCAGGGAUGGGAACGUUCUCUAGAUCCAGGAGGCGGAGCUUAAUCUCCAUGGAGAGGAGGAUUUCCAGCUCGCUGCGCAUGGCUUCACUGCUCAUCUCUCUGCCCAGGAGGACGCUCAGACCAUCCGUCCACAGGCAAAACUGACGGGAAACAAGAUGAUAAAAUUACUGUUCACUUCUCAUUGUGUGCCACCUAAUGAUGUAGACAAGAGUGCAGAGUUUGAGCUGAAACUCACAUCAGUUCUGGAGGGGGCGAUGAAGUUCAAGCUAGACUCCUCUACAUCAUAUGUGAUGCUAAAUGCAAGGUCCAGCACUUCCUACAGCACACACACACACAAAGUUAGAUGUAUCAUUCAUAAAGUAAAAACAACCAGACUGGAAAAAGAAGGAGGGCCGCUCACUUUGUUCUGUUUGCCUUUAUUCUCCUUCAUGUGAGGACAGUCUUUCCCCGUCAGCAGGCCUUUGAUAUCUGCUAUAGGAACUGAGGGGGCAAGAGGGCAGAGAUAAUGAGAGUAAUGAACAGAGAGGAUCCAAGAACCUGAUCAAUAUCAGUAUUAACAAAUCAAAGAUCUUCAUAUCACUGCUGUGACUCACUCUUCUUCUGCAGUGUCUCAAUUGGUGGGUUUUCUGUGUCUUCCUCGGCGUCACCGUAGUGAAGCAUUUUGUGAUUUGGUGACAAGCGGCAGUACCACAGUUUAUCUGAUGGAAGACACAAAAAUAAUGGUGGUGAGUAAAAAAGGAUAUGCACUCAUUGUGUUUUGUUUUUCUGUUUUUGUAUGUAUGAUUCUAUAUUUUCUCACCCUGUCUGCGUCGGCUGCUGAUCUGCCUGAACAUUGUUCCCUGACACAGCCUGUUCAGUCGCUGCUGUCGGAUCAACUCGAGCAGCUCCGGCUUUAGACGCUCUUUGAGCUCACUGACAAAAACAACAUACAUGAAUGAUCAACUACGUGCCUCGAGAUGCAUUUCCUCAGCUGACAUGGUUUUACUCUCACAAGCAAAACAACAUAAAGAUAUCAAUAUAAACAGAAACCUGAUACAAGACACAGAAAGUAGGGCUGGGCGAUAAACCAAAAAUUUACAGAUACUGAAAUUUGCGAAAUUUGCAAUGCCAAUGUAUACGGUGUUAAUAAAUAAAUAAAUAAAUAAAUAAAAAAAAGUUGGUUUUGGUUGUGUGUUGGUAGGCUAUGGUCUCAUGUGUCUUUAAGACACUGUCCUACGUCGGAGACGUGACUACACCCCAUCCAGUCCGUAACAAAGAGGGAAAGACAGGUGAGGAGAUGGAGGAUUUUUCAAAAGUUGUAGCGGCUGAAGUAAACAAAGUUAAUGUGGGAGGGGGUGAGCAGCUUGUGGAGUAGUUAUUGUCCACACAUUGUUGAACUGCUCAAUAUAUUGUGAUACUGAUUUGAGGCCAUAUCGUCCGGCCCUAACAGAAAGCACAAGUAUUGCCCUAAAAAUCUUUGUUCAAAUCAUGAUGGGAGAUUACAUCAGCAGUAACAGUAUAAAUAGACCAUAAAUGCCAAAAACCUGACUUGUGUGGAUGAAUGUGACAGCAGCACAUUGUUACACUCAGUGUUUAGUGAUAAACAGUGCGAUCAACAGUGCAGUCUGGGUGACCUGUUAUCUGUUUCCAUAGGGGUGGAAACUUUUUCAGUCAUCAAUACAUCAGCUGAUCAGGCAGUGUUAUUUUUCUAAAGCUUGAAAAUAUUCAAUUUGAUGAGAUGUUCACUUGUUUUUCUCACAACUAUCUCAGAGGGGGCUUAUUUCUGGGGAUUGUUCUCUAAAGAGAUGUAAUGAUCUCUGUCAUACUUUGUGCAGACACUGGUUAAACAGACAGAAACAAACGAAAACAUCAGGGUACAAGUGCCUCUUGUUUCAACUAAGGUUUUUAUCUAAGAUGUGACUAUUGUGUGAACUCACAGCACAGGAGGAGCCAGGGUCUCUUCUUGGUGCAGCCGCUCAGUUUGCCUCAGUUUGAGGAUCUCGCUGUAGUUCAAGGCGUUGACUUUAUUCUUGAAGAGCUCCAGGGAGGUCGGCUUACUGGACAAUGUCCUAGUGAUCUGCUCCCUCACCACCUGCAUCACCUGAGCACAGAGAGAUGGGAACAGAGGGAAACGAUGUUCUUAAAGCUGACAGAGAAUUUUAAUGCUCAAUUAUGAAGCGAUGGGAUGCAAAUUAGAGACCUGCUCAAGUCCUGUUGGUACAACAAAAAGACUGCAGCAAAAAUACAGCUGUAGUUGGAUAGUAGACAGCAUCUAUAUCAAGCCUUCCAGUCUGACAACAUCCAUCAUUUCACACAACUUUUAACAUGAACUUAGUGGGGGUGGGAGAAAAAAAUCGAUUCACGCAAGAAUCGUGAUUUUUUGUUUUAUAAUUUUUAAAUCGAUUUUUAUUUGAAUAAAUCUUAAAAACUGACCAACAUGUGAUGUGUAUUUUUUGGGCAAAUAUGGUAUAUAGUCAGUAGACAAUCAUAAUCAUUUAACCUCUUCACUGGUGUUAAAAAUGCAGACUAAAAAUCGACAAUAUCGUAGAAUUGCAAUUUGAAACAAAUCGGCAUCCAAAAAAUCGUAUCCUCCCAGCCCUAAAACUUAGUGUGACGCAAAGAAACUGCUAACAUUCAACAUUCCCACAAAGUAACACUCUGCAGACUAUAUUUAAGCUUCCAUGAGGGUAUUACCCAAGCACAUAAGAAUAACUUUAUUUUGACCAGAAGGGAAAUUCAAUUGUCUGCAGUCUCAUUUGUCAUGUCUCAAAAGUAAUCAACCAACAAGCAAACAAACUUUUGCCUCCUACACCGAGGUGUUAAAAAUAUACGAACCCAACCUCCAAACCCUGUACCACAGAUUUAAAGGUAAUUCGCCCAGCGUAAAUGCUUAGUUUUAUCUCCUGUAGUUUUCUUUCAAUUAGUGUUUUAGUCACAACCGGUUCCUUCUGGUCUCUCCAUAAAAGUUCCCUCCUCUGUCUAUCAUCAGUUCAAAGUUUCAGAGCUCCUCUCCUCAGCACUGUCAUAUCACAUGAGCUGCAUUUUAACGUCCCCUCCCCCUCUAACUCAGACAUGGGCCAGACAUCGAUCAGACCGAUCAUUAUCAACCUUGCCACAUCCAUCCAACACCCUCACAACCAGACCAGACAGAGUAAACACAUUUACAUUUCCUGACAAACAAGUCAAGAAAGAGCUGACUACAUUUGUAUCAGAUUCAGAGAGACGUCAUCCAUCCCCGAUGGAAAUAUUGGUGUUACAGUUGGUCCAAAAGCCA